UCUUUUAGAUUUUGAAAUUCUAUCGAUGGAUAUUUAAUCGCCUUUAAACUUUCUGUCUGUUGUACUCAAUCCCUUAGGAACAUCCGAUAUCGCCAGCUCCAACAUGGGUAGCUUAGUUCGGUUCCCGGCCGAGAUGUCUCAAGGACCUCGUGAUAAUCUGUUAGAGCCUUUGAUCAGAGCCGAGUUGCUUACUCAGAAGCUUCAAUUGUGUCUCUACAUUUCUACGACAAGUAAUGCCACCUCUGUCUUUCUAGUAGACGCGGAUGGCUUCCCUGGGAGCGAUAAUCUGUCUACAGCCCUGGCUGAGCAUUGCCAUAUGGGGCUCGACAAAUUGGUGGAAACACAUGGAGCUUUCUACAGUAUCUACAUGAAGACCAAGUCCAUGAUACAGGAUACGGGAACGCUGAACGCACUUCAAAGUACUUUUGGUGUUCCCGGCGAGAAAGCGUCUUUCGAUAGGCAUCUCAGGAAGCUCACAAACGCAACGGAAGUAUGCAGAAAACAAUGCGAUGAACUUGACAAAAGUCUUCAAGCCUGGCGUGCUUCCGUUGACGAAUUCAGUCGUCGUAUCAGCAAGACCAAAGACAUUAUGAACCAGGAAGAGAACGCAACAAACAAAAAGAUCGGUACUCUGAAGACCGAGAUAGACGACCAGAUCUACAACCAAGAUAGAGCUCAAGCAAACGAAGAUGCCGCUCGAGCCCGGCGAGAGGAUCUUUCUAGGCAAAAGAACAAAUUAGCAAAUCAAAUUGGAACCAUCAUCCAGUCUGCUGGUUCUGCAAACAUCGGUGGAAAGAUGCUCAUGGCUGGAGGUCAGAUGGCCGCUACGUGGAUACUCAACCUCUGGGCGAGCAACGAUCUCCAAUCUGCGCAGAGUAACAUGCAAGAUCAGCUUGAGCGAGGCCAGGAGUAUAGACGACGUAAGGAAGAGGCCGAGGUCGACAUCCAGAAGCUUUCGACGCAAGCUAAUGAACUGAAACAAUGCAUUGAAGUCUUGCAGCCUGUUCAAUUGCUGCUUCACGGUAUUAUAGAUUGUCUCCGUAAUGCUGCAAUUCACCACAACGAGAUGCUCGCCAAAAUGCAGUCAUUUCUCGAGAGUUGUUCUGAGUCCAAGGAAAUAGCUACAGGAAUUCCUGAAGGGCUUUCCUUUGGAGAUACCCUGGACUUUCUAAACGAAAUUCAGCUGAUGCGCCAAGGUGCACUCGAAAUCGGACACUGGUCACUCAUCUACUCCAAGGUGAUUCAACAGACAAUGAUGAAAGGCUUUCAGCAAAAUGAAACAAGCUUCUCACAUGAAGAUGUACUUUUCACCAUCCAACAAUCUCGACAGCAGGCGAUCGAAUCUGGAAGCGCAAAGCUUAUUGCAGGCCAGUUGAAGCAACAGCAUGGGGCUGAGGUUGAAGCCAUCAGGAAGGAUCACGAUGAGGUCGUUGGAAAGCUGAAGAGGAAGAAUGAAAAAGAAAUCAGGAAGAUGGCGAGAAGUGGCAAGAUGAGAAGACUACUCCCCUUUUCCAAGGCGUCAUAGUCCUUUUUCAGCUUGGCCUCUGAGUCUAGCCGGAGGUAGUGAAAACACAUUUAAAGAAGUCAACGGCACUGAGAUGUAAGAGAAAGCCUUAGAUAUAGCACAUAAGCUUGAGUCUCUCAACUAGCUUCCAAUAAGAGCUAUUGAUCAUAAA